AUGUGUGAAUGUCUUCAAUGUUAUGCCUGUAGUGGACGAGAUGAAUGUGGUAUUUCAUUUUCACCGAAUUCGAGUACUACGAAAAAAGUUCAAUCUCAAAUAGAUGGAUUCUUCGAUGUUUGUUCAAUAACUGUGGAUUCAGAGGGCAUUACAACUCGUGCCUUAAUGCUUUCGUACAGAUGUAAAAGCUCACCAUAUCAAUUUUGUUGUAAAGAAGAUUGGUGUAAUUAUCUUCCUUCACCACCACUUCCUGCACUAACUUCACUCAAAUGUAAAAUUGAUCAUUGCUCGUCGCAAAAUAAUAAAUGUGAAGGUACUUCUUAUGUUGCUACUCUUAGCAGUGCUACUGAGUCUUGUAUGGGAACAUGGAAAGCAUCGGACGACGCUGUACUUCAGUCAUACAAGAAGAAAUGUUUGCCUGGUCCAUACGCUGUAGUUAUGGGUGAAAAUGUUUUGAUAGGAGAAUCUUUUUGCUGCAAUUAUCCUGAAUGCAAUGAAGUACCUGUACCUUCCAAGUUGGCUAUUAAAUGUUACAUGUGCGAUUCACGUAUAAAUGGUUUGACGGGAUGUAGUACAUUAGAUAUAUUGAACCCAUAUGUGUAUGAAUCUGGUUCAUCAAAUUCUUUCGAAGCCUGUGCUACUAUAAUUGGUGUAGAAGGACAAGAUCCACUUACUAAUAUCAGCUAUUCAGCCUUUACGAUACGAACAAUUAUUGCGCAUUGUGAGAAUCAAUCAUUAGGUAUUGUUUCUUAUGGUGGUGCUACUUUUCGGGGUCGUAUCAAUUGUUGUUGGACGAAUCUUUGCAAUGUUGAAAGUGAGUCAUCAUAG